AUGGAAGGUCCCGCUUCCCCCGGGGAAACACCUCAAAAUAAAAAGCGAAACCCGAGUUUCCGGCAAAUGCUAAGGAACCAGGGGCUUGAGAUCGACCCAGUUGUACAAGGAGUGCGAGAUCCUAAGCUUCCCCCCAAACGGAAGCGUAACCAAAAGCACCCUGGCAAGAAGAUAGCAAAGAAAAUGAAGAUGGCUGCUGCCGCUGCUGCUGCUGCCACUACCACCAAUGAGGCCAGCGGGCCCAUUGUCUCUGCUGGAUCCUCGGUCCAUGGAGCUGGUAGUUCGGGUGCUAGCUCGCCUUUUCGCUUGACGUCUCGUCUUCCCAUAUCACCGUGUCUUCCCCUGCGGUUGUGCUAUCCCCCGCUAGUGUGCCCGCUGAGACCCCCCCAGCUAGCAGCAGAGGAGACCGAUGCUGAUACUGUGGUCUGGGACCGGGUGGACCCUCUGGGCCUGUUUGAUGAGCUUGAGGGGCCGUUGGACUGGCUAUCCGAAGGGCUGUUUGACUGA